UCCAGGCUGCACCAUGGGACCAGAGAGGGUGACAGCCCGGGAGCUGUGUGAGAACGAUGACCUUGCCACCAGCCUGGUCCUUGAUCCCUACCUGGGCUUCCGCACACACAAGAUGAACGUCAGCCCAGUGCCUCCUCUGCGUCGACAGCAACACCUGCGCUCAGCGCUCGAGGCCUUCCGGAAACAGCGGGACUUGGAGGCUGCGUACCGGGCCCUGACCCUGGGCAGCUGGAUGGCCCACUACUUCCAGAGCCGUGGCCCGCAGCAGGAGGCUGCCCUCAAGACCCAUAUCUAUCGCUACCUUCGAGCCUUCCUGCCCGAGAGUGGAUUUGCCAUCCUUCCCUGCACUCGCUACUCUCUAGAGACCAACGGGGCCAAGGUGGUGUCUACCCGCUCCUGGAAGAAGAACGAGAAGCUGGAGCUGCUGGUGGGCUGCAUCGCUGAGCUGCGGGAGGCCGAUGAGGGCUUGCUGAGGGCCGGGGAGAACGACUUCAGCAUCAUGUACUCCACCCGGAAGCGCAGCGCCCAGCUGUGGUUGGGCCCUGCGGCCUUCAUCAACCACGACUGCAAGCCCAACUGCAAGUUUGUGCCUGCAGACGGCAACGCGGCCUGCGUGAAGGUGCUUCGGGACAUUGAGCCCGGGGACGAGGUCACCUGCUUCUACGGGGACGGCUUCUUCGGGGAGCGCAACGAGCUGUGCGAGUGCUGCACGUGUGAGAGGAAGGGAGAAGGCGCCUUUCGCCUGCGGCCCCGGGAGGCAGCUAUCGUGCCCCCCAGGACCUGUGAAAAGUAUGAGCUGAGGGAGACCGAGAGAAGGCUGCAGCGCUACUGGGAGACCCGCGGAAGCCGGCAGGGCCUCGGGCCCCCGGGGGCCCAGCGCUGCUCCCACUUCCACACGCUGCAUCGCCUGGACCUCCUGUGCGCUCUCUGCCAGCCCCUGCGCCUGCAGCCCCUUGGCACCCCCUCGGAUCCCUCCGCCCUGUGGGUGCAGUGGCUGCCACAGCCCCCCCCUCCCCGGCGCCGGAGGCGUCGCCGGCGCCCUCCCCGCC